GUUGAGUGUGAUCAUCUGAUAGAAGGAGAUCAAGUGAUCAGCCUGUCACAUGCAACAUGGCUUCCUGGUGGGGAUUGCAGUCGGUGCGCACGGUGCUGAUCACGCUGCUGGCGGCGGUGCCGGGAGCCCAGGCUCUGGACGGAGGGGACGCGGUGGCGUUGCUGCUGGGACUGGCGCUGAGCACGGUGGGGCUGUGCGCCUGCCUGGGCUGGUACGCCCGCAGGAGGAGCGGGCAGCUCUGAGCCGAGCCGAGCCUCAGGGGUGCCAGGGUGGCAGCGGUCGGGUCCCCAAAGCAGCCGAUCUACCGAGACUCCGGGAGAGAGAUGCGGGUCGCCAGCAUUGCGGAGUUCCCUCGCCGGGGCUCUUGCGCGCUCAGCCGCGGGGAACUCGCUCCAUUCAUUUCCCCGGCUUGCUGCACUUCUGAACCGGCCACAUGGGCGUCCCUGCAAGGCGACAACUUUUGGAUCUCUCUGCCUCUCCACCCUCCCUAAAGUCAUGAGACCGUGCUACUGACCAGGUGUCCUGGCUCGCAGUCCUUCAAAGUGACCUUUAAAAGUUUCUCAAAGGCCGAAUUGGAGCAGAAACGAAAUUACAACGCGGAAGUGCUAGUCCUUGCUUUGGUUUUCUGCUACCCACAGGAAAACGCACUGCUUUGGACGAGAAGUCGGGACUUUAACACCUAAGGAUGCUUGCGCAAAACGUUCAGUAAUCUAUUUCGCCAGGGUAAAAGUUGGACUUAUGUUUGAGUUGAAGUGUUACGUUUCGGUUACUGAAACCCCCACCUUAGUUUGAAUAUUGCCACCUAGUGUCGCAAAAACCAAGUAUUUGCGAUAACGUUUCACUUCUGUUCAUUUGCAGCCUUUUUGUUCCACGCAUAGUUUUUACAUUGCUGUCAGUUGGUACAAAGAAACGGUGAGAUCAGUCUUGAAACAGUAGAUUUCUUUAGUGACUAGAGUACUUAAUACUUUGCGAUUUGUAUUAAUUUGCCUUUCUUGUGAAGAUCGCACAACGUAUCAAUUUUGGUGUUUCUUUGAAGAAUUGGUAUUAAAACGUGUUCAUUAAUCACGGGCAUCAACUUGUUACUAGAGCUGUCCGUUCUAUAAAUUCGGAUGGUAUAAAUUUGAUUGUAUAACUCUUGUACUUUUAUAAUUGUGAUAGUGAACGUUUUAAACAGCAAGAGAGGAAUCCAGAUCAGAAUUCCUGUCGAUUUAAAACAAGCUUCUGGACCAUCUGUAGGGACAAUGGGAUAAGUCAGCAUUUUAGGUUGAGACCCUGCAUUAGGACCUGAAAAAUUGAGUAUCCCAUUGCCUCCACAGACGCUGACUGACCUGCUGAGAUCCUGCAGCAGUUUUUUUUUGUUCCAGAUUCCAGCAUCUACAAUCACUUGUCUCCCCUUUUGAUGCAGCCAGCUCUUAAGUCAGGGCUUCCCAACCUUUUUAAUGCCACGGACACUUAGCAUUAAUCCGGGUCCGUCUCACCAGGUUGAGAGGCCGUGUGGCUUAAAAACAACCAUAGGCUGAGUUUCUACAGGCAAAUAGCUAAAGGACAGCUUAACUGACAUUUUGCCACUUGCCAACAGCUAAGUACACGAUUGCAAAGCCAACUUAAAAUGUCCACGUCCAAUAAUCGUUUAUGUAUUGAAAUAUGACAGGCUGAGUUGAAUCCAAGAUAAUAUGCAGCAAUGUUCUGAAACUUCCAACAGAUAACUAACCAUUUCACACAUCUGUGUUUGCCAAGCUAUAUUUUUCAGAAAAGACCAUGCCCUAUGAACCAGCUUCAAAGGGAGUUUGCUGUGAUUGUGAAUUAGGAUAUGUAGGCUACAGCACUACCUGGAGCUUGGUUAUAAGAAGAAUGGUUACACAUACUACAUUGGGCCUUCAUACAAUAAUUUAUUUCCCUAAUUAGCAUUUGCAAAUAGUUUGUUUCAAGCUUUGCUUUCAGAGUCUAUUAAAUGUGAUAAUUACUCAAUUAGAAAUUGAAAAUUGCCUAUUUACAAAGAUACAGAUAAUUGAAAACUUUAUUGGCAGUGUAAAGUUUUUAUUGACCCCACUUUCCAUUGAACCUGCUUGCAGCUUGUAAACUUCCUGUUCUUUAAGUUUCAAACACUUGUACUAGUAGUUUUCAUUAUCCUGAGUUAUUUUCAUGAUCUAGUCCAUUAAUUUUAUGCGUAAUAUGCACACAAGAUUGUUAUGGAAUAUGUGCGAGUCAAGUAAUUGUAUUAGUGUUACCAAUGCUAAUUUUAUGAACUUAUCAAUGCAUAUCUAUAUUAAAGUCUUGUGGUAUAGUUAGUCAUAUAGAGAACAGCAUUGAUAAAGUCAUAUUUUGCAUUUGUCAAUCAUUUGUCCUUCAAUAAGUACAUUUGAUAACAGCCGCAAGGAAUAUUUUGGCUCAUUUACUGUGAUACAUUAUCCUUGUAUCAAUGGAAUAGAAAUGUCUAAGACAAUAAGUACUGUAAUAAAAUGUAAUUGGACGUACA